CGAGUUUACAAUCACUUGUCGAACUGUCUAACUUGAACAUUGCCUGCCAAAGACGAAAAGAUGUCUUCGCGCUACGAUCGAGCUGUUACCAUAUUCUCGCCGGACGGCCACCUGUUACAGGUGGAAUACGCCCAGGAGGCCGUCCGAAAAGGCUCUACAGCGGUCGGCGUUCGCGGCGGCAACUGCGUGGUGUUGGGCGUGGAGAAGAACAUGGUGUCCAAAAUGCAGGAGGAGCGCACGGUGCGCAAGAUUUGCCUGCUCGACCGCCACGUUGUGAUGGCCUUUGCCGGUUUAACGGCCGACGCCCGCAUCCUGACAAAUCGUGCCCAGGUCGAGUGCCAGAGCCAUCGGCUGAACUUCGAGCAUGCGGUGACCCUGGAGUACAUCACCAAAUAUAUUGCCGAACUGAAGCAGAAGUACACGCAGAGCAAUGGCCGUCGUCCCUUUGGGAUAUCCUGCCUAAUCGGCGGAUUCGACGCCAAUGGUUCUGCCCAUCUCUUCCAGACCGAACCGUCUGGGAUUUUCUACGAAUACAAGGCGAAUGCCAUUGGCCGUUCGGCGAAUACUGUGCGGCAGUUCUUCGAGAAGACCUACCGCGACGAGGAUGUCAGGAGCGAACGCGGAGCCGUCAAACUGGCCAUUCGCGGCCUUCUCGAAGUGGCCCAGUGGGGCCAGAGCCACCUCGAGGUGGCCAUCAUGGAGGACGGCAAGCCACUGAAAAUGCUUGACAGCACGAUCAUUGCCGAGUAUGUGAAAGUCAUCGAAAGAGAAAAUGAGGUAGAGGAGCCUUCUUGGAAAAAACAGAAAAAGUAAAAAUUUUAUUGGGAGCACUUGGAUUCAAACAGCUGAUCAGACUUAUACUGUUUGUUAUUAUUGCUUCAGCUUUGUAGAACGAAUUUACACUGUUUUAA